GCGAAUCAUAAACCCUAAAGGUACUAGAUUCAUGGUCAUGCAUUCUCAAUGUACCUGGACACAUUCUGGAAUGCUUACACAACUUAGCUUCAGAUCCUCGUCCCUGUCUUUUUUGGGCCUCUCGAAUCAUUUCUUCCUGCGGAGCUCCGGUUCUGUCCGAAUACGGAAACCACCAGCUCCGAUCUACUCUUCUCUCGGAGCGACCAUGUCGACCGUUUCGACUCAGAAUGAGUCAACUCAGCAGACCCAGAAACCCUCGCAGGUUGCAAAGCGGUUGGAGAAGUUCAAGACCACGAUCUUUACCCAAAUGAGCAUGCUAGCCAUCAAACAUGGAGCAAUAAACCUUGGUCAAGGCUUCCCCAAUUUCGAUGGUCCUGAUUUCGUCAAAGAAGCUGCUAUCCAAGCCAUCACGGAUGGUAAAAAUCAGUAUGCCCGGGGACAUGGGGUUCUCGAAUUCAAUGCUGCCAUUGCUGCUCGGUUCCAGAAAGAUAGUGGGCUUGUGGUUGAUCCCGAGAAAGAAGUAACCGUCACAUCUGGUUGCACUGAAGCCAUAGCUGCUACUGUAUUGGGAUUGAUCAAUCCUGGUGAUGAAGUGAUUCUCUUUGCACCCUUUUAUGAUUCUUAUGAAGCGACUCUCUCCAUGGCCGGCGCCAAAAUCAAGGGAAUCACUUUACGUCCACCCGAUUUCGCUGUCCCUAUGGACGAGCUCAAAUCCGCAAUAUCUAAAAAUACCCGUGCUAUCCUCCUCAACACUCCACACAACCCGACUGGUAAGAUGUUCACAAGGGAGGAACUAGAAACUAUUGCGUCUCUCUGCAUUGAGAAUGAUGUGUUGGUAUUCUCAGAUGAAGUGUACGAUAAGCUGGCAUUUGAAAUGGAUCACAUCUCCAUUGCUUCGCUUCCUGGUAUGUAUGAAAGAACUGUGACCAUGAAUUCCUUGGGGAAGACGUUUUCUUUAACGGGUUGGAAGAUUGGGUGGGCAAUCGCAUCACCUGAGUUGACACGAGGAGUUCGGUUAGCACACUCUUACCUGACUUUUGCAACCUCGACACCAAUGCAAUGGGCAGCAAUGACAGCUCUCAAAGCUCCGGAUUCUUACUACGAAGAGCUGAAAAGAGACUACUUGGCGAAAAAGGAGAUUCUGGUGACGGGUUUAAGAGAGGUUGGGUUUAAUGUUUACCCGUCAAGCGGGACCUACUUUGUAGUUGUUGAUCAUUCACCAUUCGGGUUGGAUAACGAUGUUGAAUUCUGCGAGUACCUCAUAAAGGAAAUCGGGGUCGUGGCUAUUCCCACGAGCGUCUUUUACUUGAACCCGGAAGAAGGGAAGAACUUGGUGAGGUUCACAUUCUGUAAGGACGAAGAGACGUUAAGGUCUGCUGUGGAGAGAAUGAAGCAGAAGUUGCAGAGAAUAAUCUGAAAGUCUCAUUGCCUGAGGAUGGGAGAUGAUGAUGUCUCUGGCUGUUUAGUGUUAUGUUCCUUUCAGUUUGAUCUGAAACUCUUCAAGACAUUCGAGAUCUAUCGUGAUCUCAUGUUGUAAUCCCCUGGACCCAUUUCCAUGAUGUUGUCAUUAACUCCAUGGGUAAAUUAAUAAAUGAAAUUAUUUGAAGUUU